AUGAUUCCUUAUCAUGAUUGGUUUGACCUAUAGCGUACCUGCCUACCUUAUUUCCGAAUGACGGCGGUCAUGUUGAUUGUUAUUGUUUUCGUAAGCUUAACAGUUUCAUUUGCACAACCAAAUGAUGAGUUUUUAUCACAUAAUGGUGACAUUGCUUUACGAGAAAUGGUUUUGGAACUGAAAAAUGCUGUGAUGCAUCAGAAUGAGAAAAUAAAAGCUCUGGAGCAGAAAUGCCAAUCACUAGAGAAAAAGAACAGUGAAAGUUCAGAGGAAAUUAUUGCCUUGAUGAAGAAAAUAAAGAUACAAGAUCUAUCAAUUGAAAAAUUGAACCAAAAUUUUCGUGUAUGUGAGAAAACAGUGAAAAAAGUAUCUAAAAUCUUUUAUACUACGGGGAAACAACGACCAUCUCGCAAAUCUCAAGAUUCGAUUGGUUCUUCUAUUCCUAGAACGGGAAGACUACUAUCAACCCAAACAACGGUGACACCAAAUACAGACAGCGCAGUCGCCUUCUACGCCUAUGCUUCUCAGAAAAUUCCAAGUCCAAGUAGCCAUUUCAUCCUAACCUUCGACACGAUCAUAACAAAUGCCGGCGACAGUUUCCAUCAUCAUUCUGGAACAUUCAUUACCCCUCGUACAGGAUUCUACGUAUUCACCUGGUCAUUCAGACUACAGAACGAUUCUCACGUUUCGACAGAGCUUGUCGUAAACAACGUGGUGAAGGGGUCAGUUUACUUUGAUGCACACCCAGGGGUAGGUGGGAAUUCAGGAGGGACUGUAGUGGUUCAUGUCAAUCAAGGGGACGAUGUGUUUGUACGUACGACCCAGUUUGCCAACCUUGGGGAUAUAUUGAGCGAUCAUAUCGGAAGAACCUAUUUCGCUGGAUGGCUGUUAGCAUAAAUUUGUACUUUAGCUGACUAAAUGUACUAGAAAUAAAGAAUAACACUUUACCAA